AUGAGGCUCGUUAUUCUCAUCUUACUCCUCCCAGCCGCAAUGGCGUUCAGUCUCUCACCCAUUCAAACCUGGCUGGCCAGUUUCCAACAACCCCUCAGGAACCUCAUCGACAACCCAUUGCGCCGAUCGACUGUACCUCAAUUCCUUCUUGAUGCCAGACACCCGUGGGUUCUAGCUCACCGGCGUCAACUGGAAAGACUUCCAAAUGCCGAAGCAUUCCUGUGUACCGAAUUACUUGAUGGCACCUCCGGGCUUGAAAUCCCACCGGAUCUUUUUGACAGACUUGAAGUUGACAACAACCGAGUUGGAAUGUCACGCCCAGGAUGGCCAAACGCGCAGGAGCGGCUUACCGAGAUGUCCAAGUGCCCGAGAGCACUUGAGCAAGUCAAAGAGCUGGAAAUUAAUAUUUAUGUGUAUGAGGGUGCAUAUUCAGAACUUGGUAACAGACUCCUGGAGCCUUCCUAUCCCCCUUCUCAAUUGACUGGGCUUCUCGGUGACGUUCUGGAGUCGAUGAAAAAUCUGGAAAAGCUCAAUUAUCACAUACCAAAGGAGUACACUCGUCUCUUCGGGGGCGCAUUUCAGGCUCGGAAGCUUGUACUGCCAUCUGUCAAACAUCUUGCGCCUGGACCUUGGAGUCACUACCUAUGGUACCAUGGCUAUUUCCCAGAUGAAUUUGGCUAUCGUUUCCAGUGGGGACUCGAGUUCAUUCAAUCCACUAUAUCUGCACCCAAACUAAAGCGAUUUUCCAUGAAUGGCGGAAACCAUGGCUGGGCUCUGGAGCUUGUCUCAGAGGUUGUAAGAGCCAUGCCUCAGAUAGAAAGUCUAGGACUAAACGGAGCUCUGGUGAGUGACGUGUACCACUAUGAACCUGAAUUGGGGAAUGUGGGAGAAGACGGUAGACUGAAGGCAACGCUGAAUAUUCUCAACGGACAACAAAACCUCACACAUUUGGACCUUCCUCGCUCAUCUAGUCUAGCACUUGGUUUUGAUGGCGGCGCUUGGUGUGGCAAUGCAUACUUCGGAAAGGAGGGGAGAGUAUAUGAGCGCGAUGUUGUACGGCAAGGAGCAGAAGCGACGGAAAUGGCAGGCGAAAUCGUGAUGGAAAACAUGCCUCAAUUGACAUCCUUCACUGUAGGAGAACUACGUCCGAAUAUCACUCGAGAUUCUGAUGGAAAAAACAUGGUGAGUUUGGCGUGGCCUUGGACUGGGCGGAUGGAUGAGUGGUUAAUGGAGGAGGUACCUGAGUGGGUUGAGGGGGAUCUGUGA